AUGUCCAAUCGUCAGAUAAUCCAGACGUUUGAGGAGUACCAAAAAUCUAGGGUCAAGUUCGUUCAGACGGUCGCCGAUCUUGCCUCCAAGCCACAGCACAUUGAAGCCCUGCAACAGGCUGGCGUUAUGCAUCUAUUACGACCACUCCUGUUGGAUAGUGUGCCAUCCAUCCAACAGUCCGCUGCACUGGCCCUCGGACGUCUUGCGAACUACAGUGAGGAGCUCGCGGCGAAUGUCGUAUCAGGUGACAUUUUGGCACAGCUGGUAUAUUCCCUCGGCAAUCAGAAUCGCUUUUACAAGAAGUCCGCUGCCUUCGUGUUGCGCAGCGUCGCACGACAUUCACCUCAAAUGGCUCAAGCCGUGGUGGAAAGCCAAGCCGUGGAGGCUCUCAUAGGCUGUCUGGAUGAGUUUGACCCAACCGUCAAGGAGAGUGCAGCGUGGGCGCUUGGGUAUGUCGCGCGCCACGAUACGGAUCUCGCGCAGGAAGUGGUAGACAGAGGCGCGGUACCACCGCUGGUGUUGUGUGUACAAGAGCCGGAGCUCUCGCUAAAACGGAUUGCAGCCUCAACCCUCUCGGACAUUGCGAAGCAUUCACCGGAGCUGGCGCAAGCGCUGGUCGACCAGGACGCUGUCACCCAUCUUGCCCCCCUUAUCAGCAGCAGCGAUGCUAAACUCAAGCGACAAGUUUGUCAAUGCCUAGCGCAUAUCGCGAAGCACAGCGUCGAACUGGCCGAGCUGGUCGUCGAAGGCGAGAUCUUUCCGAAGAUUUUCAUACUUCUCAAGGACACUGACGACGGCGUACGCAAAAAUGCAGCUACAUGCAUUCGUGAAAUUGCUAAGCACACGCCAGAGUUAGCUCAGUUGGUUGUGAACGCCGGUGGCGUCGGUGCAUUGGUUGACUACACGGCCGAGACGAAGUCCAGUACGCGUCUGCCAGGCAUUAUCACCCUUGGCUACAUUUCCGCCUUCUCCGAGACACUGGCGUUGGCUGUGAUUGUCUCGCACGGUGUUUUGCCAUUAGCAGAUGCACUCGAGAAAGAAGUGGAAGAUCACAUCAAAGCUGCGGCUGCGUGGUCGCUUGGGCAGGUGGGUCGGCACAGCGCCGAGCACGCAAAGGCCGUCGCUGAUUGCAGCGUGCUACCGAAGCUAAUGGACAUCUAUCUGAACCCAAGCAGCUCUGAUGAUCUGCGCAUGAAGAGUAAGCGGGCUCUGAAAAAUAUCAUCCAACACUGUGUGUACCUACCCUUGUUGGAGCCCUUGCUGCACCCGGAUGCACCGGCUAACAUUCUUACCUACGUAUGUGGGCAAUAUGCAAAGGUACUGCCGACCGACAUUGCGGCCAAGCGUGAGUUCGUGGCUAACCGUGGCCUUGCAACGGUGCAGCGGAUCAAGCCAGAGCCAGGCAGUCAACUGGCAGAGUCCAUUCAAGUGAUCAACGCAUGCUACCCGCCGGAGAUAGUGCAGUACUACUCACCGGAAUACGCGCAAACGUUUAUAGAGAAGAUCGAAAACUACCACUUGCAGCAGGUUUAA